AAUCUACGGGCUCACGACGCGCCACGUGUCACAACACAACGAGGUUCGUCCUACGUGGCACCCCCAUUUCUCGUUAAAAUGAUACGGCCCCUCCAUUCCAUUCCUUUUUUCUCCUCCUCUUUUCUUAGGGCACUUUCCGACACACUUUCUAGUCCCACCAAAUAGUCCUUUCCCGUUUCUCAGCUCCCAAACAAAAAAUUCUUAACAAUACCAUUAAACACAUUGAAGUCGAAGAACCAGAAAGACUCGGAAAGUAUUUCACUUUCUCCCUUUUUGCUAUUUUUUUUUUUGCCCUUUCUUUCCAUUUUCGAGCGACGCCAUGAAUGGCGAUGGAGAUGUGAAAAUGGAGGAGAAAGAGGCUGCGCAGAGAGUGGCGUACAUGUGGGGAUGCCUUCCCGGAGCUUUGCAGCAGAGGACGCCUCUCCUCCCGCCGACAAUCGUCCGCCUCCCGCCGCCGUUCUCGUGGAUGGAUGUUUGCGGCGGAGGCUGCGGAUUCGCCAUGGCCAUUUCUGGAAACCCCGGAGCCUUUCCCCCUUCCAACAGAGGCGUCUAUAGUAAGGGCAGCUGCAGGUUGGGCCCAUUGUGUUGCAGUUACAGUAAGUUCAUUAAAAGACGCCGAGGGGUUGCAAACAAUGUAGACAAGAAGUUUACAAGAGAAGCACCUCGUACAAAUAUUGGAGAAGUUUACACUUGGGGUUGGAAAGAGUGUAUUCCUUCUGGGAAGGUCUUUGGAGACCUAUCUGCAGGUGCAAGCACAGAGAAGGAAGUACUUGAAAGGCAGAGCUCCUUUUCGAUGGAACAAGUUAGCCCUCGUUCUCAAGGGUCACGGUCCAGUGGAGGAGCAGGUUCUGCCAAUGAUGCUAGAGGUGGAGAAGAAAGUACAAAGCGGAGGAGAGUAUCUUCAGCAAAGCAAGCAGCUGAGAGUUCAUCAUCUGCUGAAGAAAGCCUUUCAGCCUUGCCAUGUCUCGUGACACUGAAUGCUGGAGUCAGAAUAUCCACUGUUGCUGCUGGAGGACGCCACACUCUAGCAUUGUCAGAUAUAGGUCAGGUGUGGGGUUGGGGCUAUGGCGGCGAAGGACAACUCGGCUUGGGCUCCCGAAUACGCAUGGUGUCAUCUCCACAUCCUGUUCCUUGUAUCGAUUCCUCUUCUUAUGGAAAGGAUAGAUCCUCUGCGAUCUCUCGUGGAAGCAUAAGCGAAGGACAGAGUUACAGAGUUCCUGGAAAUUAUGUGAAGGCAAUAGCCUGUGGAGGGCGGCAUAGUGCAGUAAUCACAGAUGCUGGAGCGCUUCUUACGUUUGGCUGGGGGCUUUAUGGACAGUGCGGGCAAGGAUGUACAGAUGAUGAAUUAAGCCCAGUCUGUGUCUCUUCCCUACUGGGUAUUAGGAUAGAGAGUGUUGCUGCAGGACUGUGGCACACUGUUUGCGUAUCUUCUGACGGCGAUGUUUACGCAUUUGGUGGGAAUCAAUUUGGGCAGCUGGGAACUGGAGCUGAGCAAGCUGAGACUCUCCCAAGGCUUCUUGAUGCUCCAAGUCUGGAAAGUACACAAGCGAAAAGCAUAUCUUGUGGGGCUCGUCAUAGUGCCAUAAUCACGGAGGAUGGCAAAGUGUUUUGCUGGGGAUGGAACAAAUAUGGCCAGCUUGGCUUGGGAGAUGUUAUUGAUCGUAACACUCCUUCUGAAGUCGUCAUAGCCGGUUGUGUCCCUAAAAAAGUGGCUUGUGGCUGGUGGCAUACCCUGCUCUUGGCUGAAUCACCCACUUGAGUUCCUUCUCCCCCAGAUUGAUUAGGCACAGUUUUGUUAGGUAGGAGUUGAAUGGAGUGGUAAUUGUUGAGUUAUAUGUGUAUGUGUACAUACAAUCAAUAGGUUCGUAAUGCAUAUACAUAUAUGCAAUCUGCUCAUUCUUUGAUGGCCGAAAGUUCACCAUGACUAGCACAGUCAUAAAACCGUUGCAAGAGUGAGGCAUCGGCUUGUCAUGUAGAAACAGAUUUAGUCCAUUGUGUAUAUUUUUAUUCCAUGCAAAUUUGAACUACUAGAUGUAAUCAUAUGCUUUCGAAUGCUAGGUUAUUUAUGUGAAAGGGUUGCUUUUUUAACUCCAA